AUGGCGGCGGCGGCGGGACGGGCCCUGCCGGGACGGGCCCUGCCGGGACGGGCCCUGCCGGGGUCCCCGCUGCUCCCGGCCCGCGCCUGCGGAGACGCGGCGGGCUGGGACCGGCGGGAACGCUCCUACUGGCGGGCGCUGCGGCGCCGGGUGCUGGGCCCGCCCGUGCCGCCGUUCGCCGCCCCGGUGCAGGUGGGAGCCCCGGUGCUGCGGGGCGCCGCCGCCGCCGUGUCCCCGGAGCAGCUGGGCGGCCCCGAGCUGCGGCGGCUGGCGGCGGCGCUGGCGGCCGGGCUGCGGGACCGGCCGUGCCUGGGGCUGAGCGCUCCGCAGCUCGGGGUGCCGCUGAAGGUCUUCGCCGCGGAGCUGCCGCCCGCCCGCUGCGCCCGGUACCCGCCGGCACUGCGCCAAGCGCACCGCAUCGAGCCCUUUCCGCUCCGCGUCCUCGUCAACCCCGCGAUCCGCGUCCUCGACACCCGCCUCGUCACCGGCCCCGAGGGCUGCGCCAGCAUCCACGGCUUCUCCGCCUACGUCCCGCGGCACUGGGCCGUCCAUGUCUCCGCUCCUCCCACUCUCAUACGGGUCCCCCCUUUUCCCCCCUAAUCACCCCCCAACCCACCGCUACCCCGGGCGCAGGCGUGGAUGAGCUGGGGAUGCCGGUGAGCUGGGAGGCGUCGGGCUGGGCCGCCCGGAUCAUCCAGC